GUGGGAGGGGGCGGCGGAGCCGCGGCUGGAGCUACAUAAGCGGCCUGCAGGCCGGCGUGGGGCACACCAUCACCAAGUGGUUAUCCGCCCCGGCCCAGCACUGUCAGGUGAUUGUUUCCUGUUUGAGUGAAGAGGGAAAUUUGAGCUAAAAGAUGUGUGAUGAUGAAGAGAGCACCGCCCUUGUGUGUGACAACGGGUCAGGACUGUGUAAGGCAGGCUUCGCCGGGGACGACGCCCCUCGAGCCGUGUUUCCUUCCAUCGUGGGUCGUCCAAGACACCAGGGCGUGAUGGUGGGGAUGGGACAGAAAGACAGUUACGUUGGCGAUGAAGCCCAGAGCAAAAGAGGCAUCCUGACCCUCAAAUACCCGAUCGAGCACGGCAUCAUCACAAACUGGGACGACAUGGAAAAAAUCUGGCAUCACUCUUUCUACAAUGAGCUCCGUGUUGCCCCAGAAGAGCACCCCACCCUGUUAACAGAGGCCCCCCUCAACCCCAAAGCCAACAGGGAGAAGAUGACCCAGAUCAUGUUUGAGACUUUCAAUGUUCCAGCCAUGUACGUAGCCAUUCAAGCUGUGCUCUCCCUCUACGCGUCUGGCCGCACAACUGGCAUCGUCCUCGACUCUGGUGAUGGCGUCACCCACAACGUGCCCAUUUACGAGGGCUACGCUCUCCCUCACGCCAUCAUGCGUUUGGACUUGGCUGGCCGUGAUCUCACUGACUACCUCAUGAAGAUCCUGACUGAACGUGGAUACUCAUUCGUGACCACUGCCGAAAGAGAAAUUGUCCGUGACAUCAAGGAGAAGCUCUGCUAUGUCGCACUGGACUUUGAGAACGAGAUGGCCACCGCUGCCUCCUCCUCCUCUCUGGAGAAGAGCUACGAGCUUCCUGAUGGACAGGUCAUCACCAUUGGCAACGAGCGCUUCCGCUGCCCUGAGACCCUAUUCCAACCGUCCUUCAUUGGUAUGGAGUCUGCCGGUAUCCAUGAAACCACUUACAACAGCAUCAUGAAGUGCGACAUCGACAUCCGUAAGGACCUGUAUGCCAACAACGUCCUGUCUGGCGGAACCACCAUGUACCCCGGAAUUGCUGACAGGAUGCAGAAGGAAAUCACCGCCCUGGCUCCCAGCACCAUGAAGAUCAAGAUCAUCGCCCCUCCAGAGAGGAAGUACUCCGUGUGGAUCGGCGGCUCCAUCUUGGCCUCCCUCUCCACCUUCCAGCAGAUGUGGAUCAGCAAGCAGGAGUACGACGAGGCCGGCCCAUCCAUUGUGCAUCGCAAGUGCUUCUAAGCAAACUCCAAGCCCUGGCCCUCUUCCCCCACAGGCCCUUCCAACUCCAUUCUUGCUUCCUAUCCUGUAAACUGUGAACGUAUCCUUCGGUCUCCCCGUUUUGUCUUUGCACUGCCCGCACCUGUGUGAAUGUUUGGAUUUUAUUUUUGCGUCAUGGAUUAUUUUGGUUACAUUGGACGAGUAAGGCUUGAAUGUGCUGCCAAUACAAACAGAUUGGGAAUGUUCCUGGGGUUGGUGAGGCUCCAGUUGGAUGGAGAGAGAGAGGUAGGAUAAACACACUGUGUUCUGUAGUGCUUUAGAGAGGAACAGUGCUCACCUUCUCUCUCUAUAUUUCAAAUGCCAUAAGUUUCCCUUUGCAUGUGUUUUCUCACUGCUGUGGGCUUUGAGGCAGUUUGUAUGGAUAGCUAUAUGAUAACCCCAGGAAAGAAUAAAGCUCUGCAUACAGAAA